GCACGCGACGCGCAGGUAUUUCGUAAAUCUGAGUUGCGGUUGUUUCAUCAGCUGCAGUCAAAACAUUGUUUUCGAGGCCUGGAGUGUUUGUAGAAGCAGCGAUCGUCGUUUUUUAAAUAUCAUAAAUGACCGUUUUGUUCUGUUUAGCAAAAAAACAUUAAUUGUAGAGCUGUGAGAAUUGUUUCCUCCCCGUGGCAGAUGGAAGUGAUUAGAAAGAUGGCAGACACAUCUAGCAACGAUGGUCCUGUCACAGGAUCGGAGUUUGACAUGAUGAGUGCUCUUGACUGGAAGGACGGCAUUGCCACACUGCCCGGCAGUGACAUUCGGUUUCGAAUGACUGAAUUUGGCACUCUGGAGAUUGUCACAGAGGUGGAGCCUAAAGAGAAAGAGGAGAAGCUUACAGACCCCCAGCCUCAAACUACAGCCACCAAAAACAGUCAUCCCCUUGAACAAACUAAACCUGCAGACAACAAAAGUCAGACAGCAGUGGCCCAAUCAUCUACAGAUAAUCAGUCAAAUACUGUGGCCAACCCAGACAGGCAGGCAGCAGGCAACAGCACUAAGAAUCCCAAUACUGAGGAAAAGCCCAUCAUGAGCAUAGUACCCAAUGCAGUGGUUGCUCCUAUCGCUGAGAUGGCAAACUGCAGGUCAUGUGGUCAUUCUGGUUCACAGGAGUCUUUUCUCCAGGGCAAAUUUUGCAGUGCUCCUUGUGUGCAGCCCACCAGUGGCAGGUCAACCCCGGGUGAGGCAGUCGAAGGAGAGCGUUUAGGUAAACGUGUGAGAAAGAAGAAGAAGAUGUUUAUGGAUUCUGGAGACGAAGAGGAAGACAAUAUUGAUGAAGAGGAGGAAAAAGUUAAAUCGUCAAAAGGCAGAAGAGCAGCUAAACUUGCUAGACUUGUAACGGCACCUCUUGUCAAGAAGAAAACUUGGAGUUGGUCAGCUUAUCUGGAGGAGGAGAGAGCAAUUGCUGCUCCCUUGAAACUUUUUAAGGAGCACCAGUCGUUUCCCCAGAGCAGGAAUAGUUUUAAAGUUGGCAUGAAGCUUGAGGGAUUGGACCCUUGUCAUCCGGCUCUCUUCUGUGUUUUGACUGUUGCAGAGGUGCAAGGUUAUAGAAUUCGACUUCACUUUGACGGCUACCCCGAAUGCUAUGACUUUUGGGUAAAUGCUGACUCGUGGGAUGUAAAGCCGCCAGGCUGGUGUGAGAAAAGUGGCCUCAAGCUAUUGCUGCCAAAAGGCUGCAAAGAUGGCGAGUUUAACUGGAACACAUAUGUUAAGAACUGUAGGGGUCAACUUGCUCCCAAACAUCUCUUCAAAUAUCUUAAUACAUCUGUCACACCAUCAGGAUUUCGUGCAGGGAUGAAGCUGGAAGCAGUUGACAGGAAGAACCCAUCACUCAUCUGCGUAGCAACCAUUUCUGCUGCCGCUGACAACCGGCUUCUUAUCCACUUUGACAACUGGGAUGAUAAGUAUGAUUACUGGUGUGAUGCCAGCAGUCCGUACAUCCACCCGGUGGGUUAUUGUGAGGAGGCGAAGCUAACCCUCACCACACCUGCAGAGUAUAAACACCCAAAGAGUUUCUCAUGGGAAAAGUAUCUUGAAGAAACUGGAACCCAGGCUGCACCAGCUAGAGCCUUUAAACAGAGACCACCACAUGGUUUUCAGACUGGGAUGAAGUUGGAGGCCGUAGAUAAGCGGAACGCCAUGCUCAUUCGUGUUGCCACCAUCUCUGACAUAGACGACCACAGAGUCAAGGUUCAUUUUGAUGGCUGGAUUGAUGAGUAUGAUUAUUGGCUAGAUGCUGAUAGUCCAGAUCUGCACCCAGUAGGCUGGUGUCAGAAGACAGGUCAUCCUCUACAACAUCCUAAUGGUCCCAGGGAUUCUCCAGUCCCUCCGGGGCAAGGCUGCCCUACACCAGGAUGCAAUGGAGUCGGACACAUUAGAGGACCUCGCUAUGGGACACACUACACAACGGUGAGUUGUCCAUACUCUGAUCUGAACCUAAAUAAGGACGGGCUGCUGCCGGACAGACUGAACGGGGAGAGACCGGUGACGCUUAGCGGACCUCCACGUCACCGCCGCGCAGAAACGCUUACGCAGAUGAACACUCCCAGCUCCAGCACCCCAGAACCUCCUGACACCACCACAGAUGCCUGCCCACAAGCCCGGACGGUCGCUGCCCCCAAAUGUGUCAAACCACCUCAAGUGAAGCAGGAAGGUGAUGGAAAAGAUUCCCUUCAGCAGUUCCUCCAUGAGUCUGUGUUUUGCGGAUGGGAGCUGCCAAGAUUUCAGCUGUGCUCGGAGAAACAUGGCAAACUGCUGCCUGAAGCCUUAGGCCUCACUGCCAAGAGAGUGGCCAAGUGGAGCACAGAGGAGGUUGCAAGUUUCGUGAAAGGGUUACCUGGCUGCAGAGAGCAUGCUGCCACCUUCAGAAAGGAGCAUAUUGAUGGCGAGGCCUUCCUGCUGCUUACUCAAUCAGACAUCGUUAAGAUACUGAGCAUCAAGCUCGGCCCCGCUCUCAAAAUCUACAACUGUAUCCUCAUGUUAAAGAGCGCAGAUGAGGAGUAGACAUGCACCCUAUCAAACUGGAAACAUGCAGACACUUCAAAGCAACUAAAACAUGACAACAUGUUUGAAGGUUGCACUUACCCCAAUCAUUAUAUUCAGGCCUUAGAGUAAUCAAAGUGCAGAAAACUGAUUCAAUCAUUGGUCACAAUAAUUGAUUGAUGGACAAAUCAGCCAAUUGAACUGGAAGUGAUCAGUGAUCUUGACUUGUGGUAACUGUUGCAGUCGAUCGAGCAACAAAACAUUUUUAUUUGAGUAAUCUGAUCCAUAUUAGACUCUAGGACGGAGUACACUAUACUGAGGCACCUUACAAUGUAAAAAGUUUAAACUGGAUUCUUUCAUUCUUGAUAUUUAUGUUUUAUGGUUACUAAAAUCGGUGAAUGCGUUUGGUGCUGGAGGCCCAAACAAAGCCACAAAAGUGGAGCUUUUACUUGAAUUGUAAAAAUAAUUUUUUAAACUUUGCAGAAGAGCUUCACACUGACACUCAUCCCAAAUAAUCAAAAUUUGCCUGUUUGAGAACACUAGAGGGCAGUGGGAUUGUGUUUGUGUGUGCUUGUGUACGUGCGAGAGAGAAAGAGAGAGAGAGAAUGAGUGUGUGUUUUGCAAGCGUGUAAGAUAAAUGUGUGCUUGCAUCUAAUGUCAGGGAUUUCUUGCUCUGGGGUAAAUUUCUAGAGUUGAAUGUCUCAGUUUGUAUUUACUUCAGAUGAGAUGUGUUCUGUGAAAUGCAUUGUAAAUGAUGAAACUGUACAGUGAGUUGGUCAGUGUGCUAACUCAAUGGACAUGCUGCAAAUGGAAUUAAGAAUAGAAAUGUGUUGGUGUGCGAGUGGGUGUGUGUUAAGUCUACGAGACCCUGACAUUUGGCCUUGUACAGCCAUUCCUGAAAUAAGGUGCUUGCAUUUUUUGUUUGAUGAUUUCAGCCUUUUAAGUCAUAAGGAAAAUGCUUAUGGAACAUCAGCAACAGCUAUCUGCAUUUCUCUUGAUGUUGCCAAUGACUAUUUGCUUAAUAACGCAUCUAAAAUGUCCAGAUGUGCUACAACUGAUUUUCCUGCUGCAUGUCAGAAGCACACCUGUUUUAUUUACUGCUUUGGAUUUGUUGUGAUUCUCAAAGUUAAGUUUACAUCUUUUCUGCUGGUUGGAUAAAACAAAUAAGUUCCCUGGAGAUAAUGUAAAUCAAGUGGUGAUGCUUAAAGAUAACUUACAAGACUAAAUCAAAUAUAUUUCUGCAGGCUACGGUUGAUUGAUAAUCUGGUAUGAUUAAGCAAUUCGGAGUGGUAUGGUUAGUGUCAGGUAUAAUGUGGUUUGUGUUUCAUUGGAGUGUGUGUUUGUAGAUUAAAUUGCAGUCUCUCCAAGUAGACUUUUCAUGUGUGUCAGAUCGUGUGUUUCCUUUGGGGACAAAUGUCCAGACCUGUAUAAAUGAAUGAAUGGAUGGAUUGA